UGAGAUUUGAGAGAGUUAUUGCUACUUCUGCUGCAUGCUUUGUUUUUCUAGUUAUUUGUCAAUGGCAAGUUUUAGAAGAAUCAGUGCUGUUUUUCUUCUUCUGUGUUUGCUGAUUUGUUUACCACAUGGAGUUUCAUCACUUGGCAUAAACUAUGGCCAACUCGGUGACAAUUUGCUGCCACCACAGCAAGUUGUGAACCUCCUAACCGCCAACAACAUCACCAAAACAAGAAUCUACGACACAAAUCCACAAAUAUUAACUGCAUUCGCCAAUUCCAAUAUUGAGCUAAUUGUGACAGUUGAAAAUGAAGUGCUGGGAGAAUUAACCAAUUCUGAAGCAGGCCUUCAAUGGGUUAGCUCACACAUCAAGCCUUACUUUCCCGCAACCAAAAUCACAGGCAUUGCUGUAGGCAACGAGAUUGAUGCAACGGAUUUGCUACCUAGCCUUGUACCAGCCAUGUCCAGCAUUCAAGGGGCACUUUCUCAGCUAGGCCUUGACUCACAUAUCAAGGUGUCAUCGCCUUUUUCUUAUUCGGUGAUCAAAGAGUCUUAUCCGCCUUCUGCUGGCAGUUUCAAAAGCGAGGUCUCCAGUGUAAUGUCACAAUUGUUACAGUUUCUGUCAAGCACAAAGGCACCAUUUUGGAUCAAUGCAUAUCCUUACUUUGCAUACAAGGGCAACUCGAAAGAAAUUCCUCUAGACUAUGUGCUUUUCAGUAAUGCCGGUUCAUCAGCAGGAGUGACUGACCCUACUAGCAAUUUGCACUAUGACAACAUGUUGUAUGCUCAAGUAGAUGCAGUCACUUAUGCCAUUUCUAAAUUGGGCUUCGAUGGCAUAGAGGUUAGGGUCGCAGAGACAGGGUGGCCAUCAAAAGGGGAUGCUGGUGAACUUGGUGCAAGUUUAGAGAAUGCUGCUAUAUACAAUGGGAACUUGUUGAAGAGGCAAUUGGCCAACGAAGGUACACCUUUGAAGCCUAAGCUUGACGUCUACAUUUUUGCUCUUUUCAACGAGAACAAGAAGCCUGGACCAACAUCGGAGAGGAAUUUUGGUCUAUUUCAACCGGAUGGAACUUCGGCUUACAAUUUGGGCUUCUCGGCUACUAAUUCAACUAAUGCCUCAUCCCCCUCGUCACUUCCUGAGAUUGAUAUGACUUAUUCCUCUAGUGCCAAGGCAGCAACAAUGGGAAGCUUGGUGUACAUUUUUCUUGGUGUAUUGACCUUCCAAUUUUAUAUGAUGAUCUAG